UCUGAGAAGACAAGGACGGGAUAUUGGCGUACAAAGACCACUGAAACUCCCAUCUUUCUCCUCCUUCUGCUCCGUUCUUAUCCGAAACCAUUGCGAAAGGUGCAGGAAAAUAAUUCCUGGUGUGGAAAAAAGUACUCAUGUAUCUCCAGCAGCAGUUAAGAAUGUCGAAGCUGUUAUGGAUGAAGGAUCCGGAAAUAGCAUCGCAUCUCCCACUCCCGAAAAAUCAGAUCGGAAGCUGUCCUGUAAAGGAAAGCAACUACAUGAUAAUUCUCAAGAUAUCCUAUCAGAAACUCUAGUUUCUGAAAUAACAUCGAAAUCCAUAGAACUUCCAGAAGGUUUGAAGGCAUUGGCCGACCUUUUUGAUCGAAUGUGCUCAUCUGUUAGAUUGCUUGGUUUAAGGAAGAGGUUGCCAACUUUUCAAAACAUUUGCACUCAAGUGGAGAUAUUGAGUAAAAGGAAGUUCUCGUACGUCCAUCUUGCCCAGAUGAAAUAUGUAUUUCCUGAUGCUAUUCAAAUAGAGAAGGUACUUAUUCAUGAUGAGAAAACUUUAUGCAUGAAACCGGACCUAAAAGUCAGCAUUUUAUUUGAUGUAAUGGGACGCUGACAGUCUAUAUCAAUGGCUUUAUGCCAUGCCUUUCGUGUGAGAUUGUUGGAGCACCUUAACACCAAUCGAGAUGUUGAAAUUCCUGAGGCUGUUCUUCCAGAGCCAUUCAAUAAAAAAAACGAUAUCAAACAGUUGGACUCUCUGCCAGAUAAAUCAUUCAGUGAAUUACCUCAGCAAGUAUCAUUGGAACUUGAUUCCUUCUCAAAUGUCUCUCAUUUCUCUUCAUCAUUUCGUAAGCAUUUUUGUCAGAAGGUAAUUGUCCCAGAAGCUGAACGAACUAAAAUUCUUGCUGAUGAUGAUGUAGUUAAGUCUAGCAAGAACUUUGAUUUAACAGAUGGGAAAGAUAGUAAAACCUCUAUGCCUGCCAUUGUAUCUCAUUCUCAAGCUAUUCAUAUACGAAGUUUUGAUAAGUUUUUGGAUAGGACGCCUGUAAGAGGUGCUUCAACUGUCCAUGACAAUAUUGAUACGCCAAAUACUUGUAUCGCUCCCCAGUCAUGUCAGAAUACCCCAGCGAAUGUUGAUCAGAUUGCAGACGAUGCAAUUUCAGAAACACCUGCUAUGCAAACUCCCAAAAGACCCAUGUCAUCACCCAUUGAAAUCUUGGUCAGUUCAACUGAAAAAUCAGUUAGUGAACCCAAGUCAACCCCUUCAGUUCGUCGCACUUUAAUAUAUUCUCCGCACAAGAUGGAUAAGAGCAUUUCAAAGCUUGAUUUUGACACCAAAGAUCUGACUCAAGUCCAUGAGCAUUCUUCCAAUGACUCCAUGUCUGGUAAAAGAUGCAUCUUUGAACAAGAAACAAAUCUGCUACAGGUCGCCGAUCGGUGGCAACGGGGCGACAGGCCGGUACGGGGUCGGGCGUUGACAAUAACUGGCAAGAGGCGGUGACAAUUGGCAAGUGGCGGGUGACGAUGACAACUGACAAGUAGCAGGCAACGAGGACAACUGGCAAGUGGCAAGUGGCAAAUGGCGACGACAAAUUGGAGGCAUCAUCACUUCACACAAAUCAUUGUAUUU